GCCAUCUUUUCCGAUUUCAUAUUUUCUUGCUUUGGCUCCAUGAGAAUUUAGAAUGGUUUGAUCUUCUUUCAGAACUUGAAGGGAUCGGUUUUGGCUGAAUGGCUCGGCUGAUUCUUCCCAGCAAAGUUUCAAGUUUGACGAAGAGGGGUUUUUUGGGAUUGCUUUCGUCCAAAAAUGUCUGGGAUAGUCGGUGUCAUUGUACUUUACAAUAUCAAGAGAAAAAAAUUUUCAGAAGUAAUUUUCGUCUCACCCAGGAGGGUGUGCUUAGGAGGAGAACAUUAUUUUCUUUUCCAUCAAGGGCAGCCAACAAAAAGUUUAUUUGUUCAGUAGCCACACAACCCCUUCCUGCACAGAGUGAAGAAUUGAAGAUGGAUACCCCGAAAGAAAUAUUUUUAAAGAACUAUAAGAUACCUGAUUAUUAUUUUGAUACGGUUGAUUUGAAAUUCAUACUUGGUGAAGACAAGGCACUCGUCCAUUCAAAAAUUUCUGUAUAUCCAAGAACUGAAGGUGCAUCAUAUCCGUUGGUACUUAACGGUGUUGACCUUAAGCUGCUAUCAAUUAAAGUUGAUGGGAAGGAAUUAAAGAAAGAAGAUUAUGAUUUGGAUGUACGUCAUCUAACAUUGUCCUCCCCACCCACUACCACUUUCAUUCUGGAAAUUGAAACGGAGAUAUACCCUCAAAGCAAUACGUCAUUGGAGGGACUUUACAAAACGAAGGACAACUUCUGCACGCAAUGUGAGGCUGAGGGGUUUCGGAAGAUCACUUUCUAUCAGGAUCGCCCUGAUAUCAUGGCAAGGUAUACCUGCAGAAUCGAAGCAGAUAAAACUCUGUAUCCUGUAUUGCUUUCUAAUGGGAACCUGAUCGAGCAAGGGGACCUUGAGGGUGGGAGGCACUAUGUAGUCUGGGAGGAUCCUUUUAAAAAGCCAUGUUACUUAUUCGCGCUGGUUGCUGGACAAUUAGAAAGCAGAGAUGAUACAUUUGUAACAAAAUCUGGAAGAACUGUGUUUUUGAGAAUCUGGACACCACCACACGAUGUCCCGAAGACGGCCCAUGCUAUGUAUUCUCUUAAGGCAGCUAUGAAAUGGGAUGAGGAAGUUUUUGGCCUAGAAUAUGAUCUAGAUUUAUUCAAUAUUGUGGCUGUUCCUGAUUUUAACAUGGGUGCCAUGGAGAACAAGAGCCUUAAUAUUUUCAAUUCUAAGCUUGUUUUGGCAUCUCCUGAAACUGCUUCUGAUGGAGACUAUGCUGCAAUUUUGGGUGUAAUUGGUCAUGAGUAUUUUCAUAACUGGACUGGCAACAGAGUGACUUGCCGCGACUGGUUUCAGUUGAGUCUUAAAGAAGGGCUCACGGUCUUCAGGGAUCAGGAGUUUUCGUCAGACAUGGGUAACCGCACCGUUAAGCGUAUAGCUGAUGUUUCAAAACUCCGGAGCUACCAAUUUCCUCAGGAUGCUGGUCCUAUGGCUCACCCUGUUCGACCUCAUUCCUAUAUAAAGAUGGACAACUUUUAUACUGUCACGGUGUAUGAGAAGGGCGCUGAAGUUGUUAGAAUGUACAAAACUUUGCUUGGGAGCUAUGGUUUCAGAAAAGGCAUGGAUCUUUAUUUCGAAAGGCAUGAUGGCCAAGCAGUUACAUGCGAAGACUUUUUUGCUUCUAUGAGAGAUGCAAAUGAUGCUGAUUUUUCAAAUUUCUUAUUAUGGUACUCACAAGCAGGCACUCCUCAAGUUAGAGUCGUGUCAUCUUACAAUCCUGAUGCCAGAACAUAUUCUUUGAAGUUCUGCCAAGAGGUUCCGGCUACACCGGGCCAACCUCUGAAAGAACCUAUGUUUAUACCCAUUGCCGUAGGACUUCUGGAUUCAAAUGGGAGGGACUUGCCGCUCUCCACUGUUUCUCAUGAUGGAGUGCUUCAAACGGUUUCUAACAAUGGACAACCAGUCUUCACAACAGUGCUAAGGGUCACAAAGAAGGAAGAAGAGUUCAUAUUUUCCGAUGUAUUCGAGAGGCCAAUUCCUUCGCUACUUCGUGGUUACAGCGCUCCUAUUCGUCUCGAUUCCGAUCUCACAGAUAGCGACCUAUUUUUCUUACUCGCACACGAGUCUGAUGAUUUCAACAGGUGGGAAGCUGGCCAAAUUCUAGCAAGGAAACUGAUGCUCAGGCUUGUAGCUGAUUUUCAGCAGAAUAAAUCUUUGGCUCUGAAUCCAAAGUUUGUGGAUGGAAUCAAAAGCAUACUAUGUGAUUCUAAUUUGGAUAAAGAAUUUAUUUCCAAGGCAAUUACUUUACCUGGUGAAGGGGAGAUUAUGGAUUUGAUGGAAGUUGCAGAUCCCGAUGCUGUUCAUGCAGUUCGCUCUUUUAUUAGGAAACAGCUCGCACUUCAGCUUAAAAAAGAGUUUUUGUUUACUGUCGAACAUAACAAAAGCUCAGAGGCUUUUGUUUUCAACCAUGAGAAUAUGGCGAGACGCGCUUUAAAGAACACCGCUCUCAUUUACCUCGCAACAUUGAAUGAUUUGGAGCUCACCGACCUUUUAGUGCACGAGUAUAAUACAGCCACAAACAUGACAGAGCAAUUUGCAGCUUUGAUGGCCAUUGCCAAAAAUCCCGGUCAAGUCCGUGAUGAUGUUCUUGCUGAUUUUUAUAAGAAGUGGUCUCAUGACUACUUGGUAGUGAACAAAUGGUUCGCUCUUCAAGCUAUGUCUGACAUACCUGGAAAUGUGCUUAAUGUCCAGAAUCUGUUGAGUCAUCCUGCAUUCGACCUGCAAAAUCCUAACAAGGUUUACUCUUUAAUUGGUGGAUUUUGUGGAUCUCCUGUUAAUUUUCAUGCAAAAGAUGGCUCUGGUUACAAAUUUUUGGGGGACAUUGUGUUGCAACUGGAUAAAUUGAAUCCUCAGGUUUCAUCUCGCAUGGUUUCGGCCUUCUCGAGGUGGAGGCGUUUUGAUGAGGGCAGGCAACAUCUGGCUAAGGCACAGCUGGAGAAGAUAAUGUCUGCUAAUGGCUUAUCAGAAAACGUUUAUGAGAUUGCUUCCAAAAGCUUGGCUGCUUAAACACUGAAGAAAAUUUCAAGCUCAAAAGUAAACAUUUUAUUUCAGGUAUAUUAUUAUAUCUAUAAAGUUUCAAGCAUCAAUCAUAUAAAUAAAAUAAAGUUGUCUAAAAUCAAAUUUUAUGUAUAAUAUUUGGUUUUAUAUGGUUUUCAUCAAGUUAUGGACACUGCUAUAAUGCAAUGUAGUGUGUUAAGUCUCUCAUCUUUGUGAUGAACCACAACAAGUUGUAUUUUAGAUUUUGAACCCUGUUGUUGUAUCAUGUUCAAAUGUAUGCAAAUUUAAAUAUUUUGAUGGUUUUA